UGCUAUUGUAUUAUGCGUUGCAUUUCCACCGUCCGUUCCCUGUUAACGUAACGAAUUCCGUUCGAAAAACAGAGACAUCGCGUAUUAAACGGCCAGGAUUUUCAUGGCGCGCAAAUAAAUACAAUAAAUACGAUAAAUUCGAGUGACCUUUCGUUCGUUGUAUUAAACGUUAUAUAUAUGUAUAUGUAUAUAUUGCGGAAAGUUAAUUACGGCCGCGAAACUAGUCGACAGUCUACAAAAGACACUCGCCGUUAGAAAUUUCGUGACGAGAACGUAACGAGGCAUCGUCGACGGACGCAUGAAAGCGCUUACCUUCCGCAAAGGCGUGCUCGAAGUGGCUUUUGUGCGAUUCACGGCGCGCGUCACAAGAAUAGUUGCCAGUAUGCGUAACACCAAUGGCAUUACCACGCCUAGCCUCGGUUUCUCGCGAAGCGUUUCAAACGAGUGACGCGCCGAUAGCGUCACACAGUUCACCAGGAUUCGUUUAACGCGAUUCAAACGAAAGUUGGCAAAGUUGGUCUGGUUACACGACAGCGGCAGUGUCAGUGUUGUACGGCGGGCACAAAGUCGGAAAUCGCCUUCAAUAAAGUGCAACUUUCGCGAGUUCGCCUCGUCGUCGUCGACUCGUCGCCGGAGUUUCGCGUUCUAAACGAGCGAAAACAACGAACAAGUUCUUCGGCUGGAGUUCUUCUCCGAAAAAUUAGUCGGCAACGGAAUCAGUCUCGUUGGACAAGUCGGUGGGAUUUAGAGAAGGAGACAGUAACGAGGAGAAGGACGAUGCGUUCCGGUAAUUGGAACAAUUUUUCAGGUGUGACGGUACUGCUCCGUCACGAUCGAAACGAAGAAUCGCUUUUGUCGCGGCCGUUUAAACGCGACGAGGCGACCGACGAAGAAAGAAAGUUGGCCAGCCUACUAAAAAUUCAAAACGCGGGCGAAUUUCCUUGGGAAUAAAUUUCCAAGUUUCCUUCGCGAGAAUAGCCGAGCAAAUACGGCGUCGCGAGCUUAUCCAACCCUGGAAGGAGCUAGAAAGUUUGACGCAUUGCCGGUGAAUAAACCGAAACGAUUGUUACGCAACGUUUGCGUAAAGAAAGGGGGAAAGAACUUUUUUAACUCUCGUGUUAUUCAUCCAUAUCGAGGACAACGACGAUAGACUAUGAAUAAUAGUCAAUCCAAUAUAACGACGACUUGCGAGUUGAAAACUCGCGAUGCGCCGACAGCGAUAACCCUAUCGUCAGAGGCUGAUGGAAAAGAGUACCUGUUUUCGCCUCGAGGAAGAAUGUCGCAUCCACGGGGACAAAACAUGUCCUUGACUGCCGUUAUAAACCAUCGACGAGGUCUUCUCGGGGCAUUGAUUUCAGGGUUAGGCAGUAACAUGUCGCUACCCUCCUGCAUCCCACAGGAUCAGGAAUUUGUAACGGGACACACGACAGGAUGUAAAAUACCGUUGUUAAACAAUCGAAAUCAUCCGGAGAGGAACGAUCACGAAAGGCAACGACCCAAUUUCCUACCAUUGUCACCUGUCAACACGGCUUACGUGUCUGUAAACGCUUUGGAACCAGCGAAGGUCAAGCAACAGAUGAUCGAGCAACGACCAAAAUUGACAGAGAAAAGAAAGUGUCAUGCGGAAAUGGUGUCCAUUAUGAGUACUCUCUACGCGAAUUUAUUGAUCGUAGUUGGACUUGCUGUACCUAUCACUGCUAAUGUGACGGAAAGAGUUCCAGCUUCGUUGAAUCAGGGUUUCUAUUUGUAUUUAUACGUAGUCAGCGUCACGUUCGUGAUCUCUAUGUACGUAAUGGUAUUGAGGGACAAAGCCGAGAAGAAUAUGGUGCGGAAAAACGAGAAGGAAGAGACGUUAAAAUUCGACGAGAAGGGCGAUCGCGUGAACGCGUGUCAGACGCAACAGUACGGCAGCUUUUGUCUGAGACUCGGCGCAGUGGGAUUUGGCGCUGGCUCGUUGGUAUUUACGGGAUUGCAAAUUGGGGCGGAAAUAGCUUCCGGUCCGUUCAGGGCGAUUACACCGGGUGCCAGGCUGCUGCUAGUUACGGCUCAGAUGCACUUUAUAUUUCUCAACAGUAAAAGUCUCAACUUGGCCAAGCACGCCGCCCUCGCCAAGUUAGGCUUGAUGCACAUGAUCGCGACUAAUCUCUGCGAAUGGCUGCAGGCGUUGGUCGAGGAAACGCAACACGAGAUCGAUCAACUGGGCUACACGCACGACGACGAUGACGGUAUCCUCAAGUCGCUUCUGAGAGACGCCAGCCCGUUCCUUUUCCCGUGCACAAUUGAAUUCAGUUUAAUUUGCGCGGUGAUACUGUUCGAGAUGUGGAAGAGGGUGGACGAGAAGAUCGAUGCUAAAAGCGAGAUCCCGACGAGAUCGUCGUAUCACCUUAGCAUAGAUUGCAGCAGCUCUCACAAAGGUCUCUUUGGCGGAAUUCUAGUCGUUGCCGCGACGAUAUUGAGCUUGAUCAUGUUCUUCGUGCUGAAGGAGGCCAAGAUGAAGAUCGCGAUCGUUCAGGUUACCUCGUUGGACGCGACUAUACUUAUGUUAGGUAUGAUCGCUUCGGUCGCUGGAACAUUGAAAUUGCAAGCGUUGCAGCAAAAGAUUAUCAAGCCAUCGGACUUGGAUACCACCCUGUUGGCAGCAGCUCAAGCUGGGGUCUAUCUGCAUUGUCUGUUCGGAGUUGUUGGUGAUAUAUUGACAAUGGGUCCGACCUGGAUACUAUCGCUUAUCACAGAUUUAUUGGCCCUGCUACAGAGCACGAGCCAGACACUGCUUAUUAAAAAUGCAUGGGGAAGACGUUGCUCCAGAAACGACAAGCCUGGCAAGGAACUGAUCACUUUUCUGAUAGUCGUCAAUAUCGCCUUAUGGACAGUGAACACACUGGAGAAAUCUCGGGCUGGCGUCCGUCCUGAUCAUUUACGAUUCUUCGGUGUAUGGGCAUGGACCAUCAUAACGCACGUGUCUAUGCCAUUGGCUAUAUUCUAUCGGUUUCAUUCGGCGAUAUGCCUGUUCGAAAUAUGGAAGACGUGUUACAAAUGUAGGUCCAACAGCGUCGUUCAAUCUCCUUACUAAGUUAUCUGAUUCAAAACGAUAACUUUAUAGUACGGUUAUUUUGAUAAAAUUGUUACUUUUCAUAAAGAGUAUAAGUAAAACACA